UCUCCGCAGGCUGAGGAUGAAUUUGUUUACUGGCCAAGUCGUGAAGAGGCCAUGAACUGCAUCGCCUUCACCGUCACACUCAUCAGCAAGGACAGACUGUGCCUCUCAAACGAGGAGCAGAUCAUCAUUCAUGACUUCAUCUUAGAAGCCACUCAGGAUGACUAUGUUCUGGAAGUGAGACAUUUUCAGUGCCCGAAAUGGCCGAACCCUGAUGCUCCGCUCAGCAGCACCUUUGAGCUCAUCGGCGUCAUCAAGGAGGAGGCGAUGACCCGAGACGGCCCCACCAUCGUGCACGAUGAGUACGGAGCAGUGUCGGCAGGAAUGUUCUGCGCCCUCACCACGCUCUCCCAGCAGCUGGAGAACGAGGGCGUCGUCGACAUCUAUCAGGUGGCAAAGAUGAUCAACCUCAUGAGGCCGGGAGUCUUCACUGAUAUAGAGCAGUACCAGUACCUUUACAAAGCCAUGCUCAGCCUGGUGAGUAACAGAGAGUGUGGCCUGAGCCCCAUGCACAUGGACACUAACGGAGUGAUGGUGACAGCGGACGAGUCGGACCCUGCAGAGAGCAUGGAGUCGCUCGUCUGAGGACAAUUCCCACGGGCACUUAAUUUGUAAAAAAACAAAAAAAAAAAAGAUCGGAGAACUUUUCUGAGGCCUUUUUUUUGCCGGACUCUUGAUUAAAUGAAAUAACCUUAUUACUUUUUUUAUACUGAUAAAAGGUUUUUUGAUA